AAUAAUACUGUACUAUACUGUUGGUUGGUUUGUCUCCUUUUGCCCUGAUGGUGGAGGACUUGAAUAAUCACAGCUUCAGUAUAGGGGCAGAGGAGCUCUGGUUUCCUAGUUUGACGCGCAUGCCCACGUGUGGCGAUAAGUGGGCGGGGAACAGCGUAUCUGAGUAGGAUCCCGAUGGACGCUGCGAAGGACCUUCUGAAGCGAGCGGUGGAGCUGGAUUCGGCCCAGAGAUACUCAGAGGCUCUCAUCUGCUACGAGGAAGGUAUACAGAACCUCCUGAGGGUGAUGGGAGGGUGUAGUGAAGAAGAAAAGAAGGAACUGCGAAAGAAGGCAGAAGAGUAUCUGGCAAGGGCUGAAGUACUCAAACAGGAGGCCAGAGACGGAGAUGGUAACUAUAUUUAUAGAGCACCUGGGUUGCAUCAGAGUCAGGUCUCGCCACCUGUCUGUUGCAGUGGCCACAGAGAAAGUAAGGUGUGUUCAGGUGAGACCAGGAGACAAGGGACACAGCUACAGCUCUGUGUUUGGUGGAUGUAUGGAUGGCAAUGUGGAGAGUAUUUCAGUGAGAGACCCCUACAUCAGGGCCAGACACCAGCUGCACAACUUUGUGCGUUUCUGUGAGCUGGCCGUCAGGAACUGUCGCAGGCUGAAGGCCAUUUGUCUGAUAACUGGCAGAGAGCCUCAGACUGAGUCGCUACAGGCAUCAUCUCUGAAAGAGUUAGAGGAGAGUUUAAAGGACUAUUCGGUGGUCUUGACAGUGGAGUAUUCAGACACUCUUCACGAUAGAGAGAUCAGGUUCAGUAAUGGUUGGAUAGUGAGAAUGGGCAGAGGAUUAGAUUACUUUCAAAAGUCAAAGGGCCAGUUUACCAUUGGCUGCAAUGACUUUGAUCUAAGGCCAUGUCAUGAAACUACCAUUGAGAUCUACCACAGAUUGAACAUGAAAUCUGUCAAUAAAACAUAAUUAAUUAUGACACAUUAAUUUUUGAUGUAUAAUUAUACACUUACAUGUUUUCAUAUGACAUUUAGUUUAUGGACUUUAACAACGAGACAUUAUAGCUACAGAUCAAAUUUAAUUUAUUACAAAUAAGGAUGAGUUCAAGUAAAAAAUGAUUCACAAAAUUAAUGGAUCACAGGUUUGAUGUGUCUUCAAAGUCUCCAUCUGUGAUUGUAGACAUCUGGCUCAACAGUUGCAUGAAAUCAUCACCGAAUUCAAAAAAGUUAGCUGCAUCAUCGAGUUCCCAUUCUUCACCAUUAUCAUCUUUCUCCUCGGUUUCCUCUAAUACAGAGAGCUCAUUAAUUUCUGCUGGUUUUUGAAAAGCACUAGACCUCCUCCUUUCGAGGACAUGUGGAGGAAUUUCAACUGUUGGUUCCUUUGGCAUCACAAUAGGUCUGGGUGUCACUGGAGGUGCAGUCGAGAGAUCGACUUUUUCAACUUCUUUAGUUGGGAGUGGGGUGUGGUGGAACCUGAAUCGUCUCUCGAGAAUGUGUGGAGGGACUUCUGCAGCUGUGGCAGUAUUUGUGAUUGU